AAAAAAAUAGGAGAACAGAAAGGCCGAUUCAUUUCAAAAGAAGAUUAUAUUACAGAUAAGGUUAGUCUCAGGUAGCAUGUAGAUAAUGGCUUCUCAUAAACAACUUGCUCAGUCUUCAGUGGAACAAUCAUCUGGACUUUUUCGCAGGAAGUAACCUAAUCUAGGUAAUGCCCACUCAAUCUUUCUGUAGCAUCGUGUCUCAGCUGUUGGAGUAUUUCCUUAUCUACACAACAUUUCUGACUUGGUGUGUAAAGAAUCCAUUUUUUUCCUUGUGUGUGUCAGGCCUCACCUUAGCGUACCACUGUAGGCAGCCGCCACAAACAAGCCAGGUAUUCCAGGGUAAACUGCCAGAAUAUCCAUCACAAGUAAAAGCAUGUUACCGUCUGUACGAUGUACAUUGAUGUCCCAAUUAUCCGAAUCGGCCGACUGAAGCGCAAUUCCAGGUACUUGACAUGAAAAGUAAACAUUGUCAGACAUUAAAAUGUUGUUUGAUUCAUGCAUCCACAUUUGUGUUUUUCAUUCUUUAGUUUUAACUGAAAUGUCCGGCCACGUUUCAGGGGACAUAUUUUAUAGCUGUUUCAUUACAUACACGUUUCUAUAGCCAUGGUCAGGUUUUAUAUAGUCCUCCAAUAAAACAUGUUAACUUUAUUGGUAUUUCCACUGUAAUUUCCUGCUCCCUGUCAGCCAGCCUUUGUACCAAUACAAUAAUUUCAGUGUGUGUGACAUUUCCCAACCUCAUAGGCACUGGUGAUUCCCAGUCUGUAGAACACCGGGACAAAGACCUCGGCGGUGAUGGCAGACAUGAUGGCGUAGGAGAACCCGAAGAGCCAGAAGGCAGCUCCGAACCGAUAGAAGAUAACGGCUCGUUUGGAUAAAGAUGGAUUAUAUAAUCUUCAUAUAAAUACUGUUCAGCGGGACGUUGAGACUCACGGCGUCAACAGGCCUGCAGGCACCAACAUCUCCUGAGCAGGUCCCAUAUUGCUUGGAAAAAAUAACACUCGCUGAACAUGGAGACUGCGGUGUUCAGCUGCUGGCUCCUUUUUCUGCUCUUCAGUCCAGCUGUUCCCAUGUGUUUACCCACUGACUUCACCCUGUAUGUGGACAGGCCAGAGUGUGACUUCUGUGUGGCCAUCAACACGACCAUCUGCAUGGGAUUCUGCUACUCGAGGGACAGCAACAUGAGGGACAUAUUCGGCCCCCGCUUCCUUAUCCAGAGAGGCUGUACUUAUGACAAAGUGGAAUACCGCACAGCCGUGCUGCCCGGCUGUCCCAUCAACACCGACCCUGUCUUCACCUACCCCGUGGCCCUCAGCUGCCACUGUGGGGCCUGCAGGACUGACAGCGAUGAAUGCGCACACAGGGCCAGCGUGAAUGGAGCUCGGUGUACCAAACCAGUCAGACGUCUCUACCCGUAUCCCGACCAGAGCAACUACAUGAUCCCGUUCUGAUCCUUCUGUUGUUAGUGCUCUCAGCUUGUUGUCCCUGCUUUUUCUUUUUCUCUCCCCUUAGAUUACCAUGUGGAAACUGCAUGAUUCAUGAAUGUUUUGGGAGCAGACACACGUCAUCCUUCAGUUUGUGAUGGUUACACUGAUGUCUGUCCCGUCUGUAUUAUCUCCUGUACCAGCCUGUUUUAUUGUGCCUUUGUUGCCCAACUCAGGUGAUCCUGCUGGGUAUUUUCAGUAGCGUCAUUAUUAAUCCCCCUGUACACUCAUGUGUGUGUGACCUAUCAUGUUUACUGUGGAAGGGAUACUCUGAAUUCAAUUAAAGCUGAAGUCUCUAAAUAGC